CAACUCCCUGCACAAUUCUUCAUCUUUCCUUGGUGCCAACCAUGCCUGCAUAUCAGAGCAGCAUUCUAUGAUCCCAUCACUCUCAGGUCGACAAACCAGAACAUUAAGGAGACCACACAGUCAGCUUCAUUUGUUUCUGUUUGCGUGCCACCUGGUGCUACUAAAGAGCAUAUUGAAAAAAGGUCAUUUAAUUCCAACAAAAUUUCUUGCAGCUUCAGCCAACAAUGAUACGGCGUCCACCAACCGUUGUUUGCUACAUUUGUGGUCGUGAAUAUGGAACAAAAUCUAUUAGCAUUCAUGAGCCACAAUGUCUGAGAAAAUGGCAUAAUGAAAACAACUUGUUGCCUAAAGAGUUAAGGAGACCAGUACCUAAAAAACCAGAAGUCAGAACCAUUACUGCCAAAGGCUUCUAUGAUCUUGAUGCUUUAAAUGAAGCUGCUUGGACAAGUGCCCAGAGCCAGUUGGUUCCCUGUAAUGUUUGUGGGCGUACCUUCCUGCCAGACAGACUGAUUGUUCACCAACGAUCUUGUAAACCCAAAGCCACCAAGUAAAGCCUUUUUCUCUCUA